AUGGCUCUGGCGCUGGACGACUCGCAGUGGCCCCAGCAUCUCGCCCCGCUGAAAGAAGUGGACAACUUGUUGCGCUGUGGGAUAUGCUUUGAUUACUUCAAUAUUGCAAUGAUCAUUCCUCAGUGUUCACAUAAUUAUUGUUCUCUCUGCAUACGCAAGACCCUGUCCUAUAAAGCUCAGUGUCCUACAUGUUGUGUGGCAGCUGUAGAACCUGACCUGAAAAAUAACCGGCUGUUAGAUGACCUGGUAAAAACCUUUAAUUCUGCAAGACAACGAUUAUUCCAGGCAGUUUUGGAUUCUCCAUCAGUGUCUCCUCCAGCACUUUUAACAAAGAAGGUUGUUGACAAAGACCACAAUUUGAGUUCUUCACGUGACUUUGCUUUAGGACAGGAACUCCCGAGUAACUUCUUAGUCAAAGAACAGACCCCUAGAAGACCAUUCAAGACCUUUGUAAGGGAAAGUAAAAAGAUCAAAGUGAAGGAGGAAGAGGACCCCUAUGGUUUUGAAGAAGGCCAUACGAUGCUUAGUGAAGGAGCAUCGAGUGCAAGUCCUAAGGAAGGUACAAGACAACCUGAAACACCCUCCACUUCUGCAACAAAAGUUGUUGCAAAGGUGGAGUGUCCAGUCUGUGGGGUUCCUGUUCAAGAACUGCUUAUCAACAAACAUCUUGAUAGCUGCUUGACCAGUGAUGAGAAGAAAGAGAGUCUUCGAAGCUCUGGACACAAAAGAAAGGCCCUGCCUAAAGUGGUGUACAACUUACUUUCUGACCGUGAUCUGAGAAAAAGACUGAAGGAGCAUAAGCUAUCUACCCAGGGAACAAAACAGCAGCUCAUUAAAAGACAUCAAGAGUUUGUUCAUAUGUAUAACGCACAGUGUGAUUCUUUAAAUCCCAAAUCAGUUGAUGAAAUAGUGAAAGAGCUGGAAAACAACGAGAAGACUCGAGCACAGCUUGAAUCCAAGAUGGCUGGGAAACGCGACAUGACAUUUACAAAGCACCAGGCGGAGAAUGAAAUUGAUGAAAUACAUAGAGAUUACCGGAAGAAACACAAAGCUGAAUUUCAGCUCUUAAUUGACCAAAUGAAUAAGCGGAAGAAAAAAGCAAAUAAAACCAAAACAGCAGAGGAAGAACCACAGCAGAAAGAAACAGCAGCUGGAAAACAACCUUUAGAGAUUGAGGAAAAGCAGAGUGUUGCAGAGCAUCCAGACUCGGUCUUCUUUACAGAUGAGGCAGUCAAGAAGGAAGCUCAGGACUGUGCAAGAAGCCCCUCUCUUCAUUUGCCUGAAGCCAGACGACUGAUUGUGGCCUCCUCCGCCCCCUCCCACUCCUCUGGAUCCUCAAGCAGCUCAAGUUCAGACAUCAUAAGAGAUUUGGAAUUGGCUGGGAUGUGUUCAAGCUCAUCAGAUAACAACAGUUUGCCAGAUGUGAAAAUGGCCAAGCAAAAAUCAAGAGGCUGUAGAAGCAGCUCAUUCCAGUCCAGGAGUAAGCGAAGAAAAGAGUAGCAAAACAAAUGUAAAUAUAUCAUUCUCUUGAAACUUUGCUCAAUGGUCUUGAUAUGGUGCCAUGGAAAUUACUAAAAUAUCUUGACUUCCUCCAAAGUCUUUGGCAAUAAACCUUCCUGUCUUAAACAUGUUUACUUGGAAGUAUAUUCUGUUAACCCCAUUUGUAAG